CCGCGCUCAAACCGCCGCUAUAAAAAGACAGCAAACAUAUUUAGUUCUUGCACUUUUAUCUUUCUUCUCUCUCUCAUCUCAUCAUCAUCGCACAAAUCUUCUACAUAUUUAUUUUAACGUUUCUUGUAACCAAUGUCUACCUCGCUUUGUCUUGUUUCCCGCAGCCUUGCUCGCACAAGCCUGCGCGCCCCCAAGCCUACAACCGCGUCCAUCCGCACGCUCACCACCCAACAGCAGCGCAGCCAGUCUAACCGCCAACAACAGCAGCAGAUUCCGCGCACAAUCAAGUCCGGCGUCAACCCCGGUGCUCUGGGCGCCCUUGCGCUCGGCACCCUCGUCGGCUGGUACUUCUACAGCAAUAAGGAGAUCACACCGACCAAGGACUCAUGGAAGAAGGUCGACUACAACGCCGUCUACAAGGAUAUUGCCGACCUCCUCGAAGACGAAAACUACGACGAUGGUUCCUACGGCCCGAUCUUUGUGCGCCUGGCCUGGCACUCAUCGGGUACCUUUGACAAGAAGACCAAGACUGGUGGCUCUGAGGGCGCUACUAUCCGGUUCCACCCCGAGUCCAGCCACGGUGCCAAUGCCGGCCUAGAUGUUGCGCGCGCUCGCCUGGAGCCGCUGAAGAAGAAGUACCCGUAUAUCUCCUACGGCGACCUGUACACGCUCGCGGGCGUCGUUGCCGUGCAGGAGUUGGGCGGCCCCACGGUGCGCUGGAGACCCGGCCGUGUGGAAAAGAAGGAGGACGAAUGCACGCCUGACGGCCGUCUGCCCGAUGCCGCUCAGGGCGCCGACCAUAUGAGGGACAUUUCUAUCAUUGCCGCCCUGGUUGGUGCCCAUGCCCUUGGUCGCUGCCAUACGUCUAGGAGUGGAUUCGAAGGUCCCUGGAACGCCUCCCCUACUUCGUUCACUAACUUCUUUUACACUGAGCUUUUGAACAACCACUGGGUGCCGAAGAAGUGGAAUGGCCCGCACCAGUAUGUCGAUAAGGAAUCUGGUCAAUUCAUGAUGCUGCCCGCGGAUAUGUCAUUCAAGAGUGAUGCACAGUUCCGCAAGUAUGUUGAGAUUUAUGCUAGGGAUCAGGAUGUCUUCUUUGCUGAUUUCGCAAAGGCCUUUGCUAAGCUGCUCGAGCUUGGCGUCAAGUUCCCCGAGGACGCUCCCGUGUAUGAGUUCAAGACCCUCGAGUAAAAAAAACUAAAUUGUUCUGAAUAU